UUGAAGCUGUUCUGUUCAGCGCAGGACAUCCUUUUAAAAAGAAAUUCUAUGCUUGGAGACUAGGCUGAAUUUUUAAACAGUACCAAGGGAUAAAGUUUUUUGAUAUAUUUGAGGACAUCACAUUCCAGUGUUACUCGGGCGUGACAAUUUGAAUUGAUGGUGGUCUAACAAGCCCGUGAUAAGAUCUGCAGACCAUACCAGCUUCACCCGCUUCUGUGUCAAGCUCAUCAUGGACAUGAUGCUUUUGGAUUCAUAUCAACUCGUUCCUCUCUCCUCUGUUACUCCAAGUAUGGAUAGCACAUCAUGCAGUUUGUGACUUAUACACCUCGCAGCAUGCCUGCGGCCAGUCCUAAUACCACCAGUAGCCAGUCCAGCAACCAAAGCCAGUCUGGGGAACAGCUCAGCCGCACCAACCUGUAUAUACGAGGCCUGAACCCUAACACCACAGACAAAGACUUGGUCAACCUCUGCCAGCCAUAUGGCAAAAUCAUUUCCACCAAAGCAAUCAUAGACCAACAGACAAAUAAAUGCAAAGGAUAUGGAUUUGUGGACUUUGAAUCACCUUCGGCUGCAGAGGUUGCAGUGCAAGCCUUACAGUCACAGGGCAUUCAGGCACAGAUGGCCAAACAACAAGAGCAGGACCCUACAAACUUGUACAUUGCCAAUCUCCCAAUUUACUUUGCUGAGACCAAUUUAGAGAACAUGUUUAAAGACUAUGGGACUGUGAUUUCUACAAGAAUUUUACGAAAACCGGAUGGAAUUAGCCGGGGAGUUGGAUUCAGCCGAAUGGAAUCCAAGGAAAAGUGUGAGCGGAUCAUUGACCAGUUCAAUGGGAAAAUUCUUCCAGGCUGCACUGAGCCCCUCCUGGUAAAGUUUGCUGAUGGUGGAAACAAGAAGAAGACCGCCAUACCACAGAUCAGGAACGAGUUGGCCCAGAGUUUGGUCGGUCUUGACAAAAGCGGAUCCCUCCAAGCCUACUUCCAACAAAUGGGCGAUCCCAGUUUAGCUUUAGCUGCCUAUGCUGACCAAGCUCUUGCAACAAAUGGUGUUGGGACCCCUGCCUUAAUGACCCCCGCUGGUCUGACCCUGCCCCGAUACACAGUGGCCACCACUCCCCACACCUACCAAGUGGCCCAGGCUAACCCAGCCGCUGCUGCCGCCGCCACAGGCUGGGUCCACCCCGGGUACAUCAUGCAGCCACCAACAAUGGCCCAUUACCUUGCAUCCUCCCAACUUGGCCAGACAGCAUACUCACAGAUCCCAUACCAAGGUGGUGCUAUGUUUCAGGGCCUACAGAUUGAUCCUGACCAGGCUGGUGGAGAUGAACAGUUACAGGCUAACCUGCAAGCUGCUUAUGCAUCCCAGUCCAGCUUCACUUAAAUCAUGGCGGCCAUGCACCAGACUGCUAGAUUCAGAAGACAACUGAUUGGUGCUAUGUUUUGUAUCCAUUGCCAUCAAUGCCCUUACUGUACAGCUGUCGUCAGAAUGGAUCAAGUUUUCAUCAUUUCAAAACACUGCUUCUUCUUAAUCCUUGGAAAAUUUUUACAAUGUAUAAAAUUUCAUUACACAAACACUGUGUAGUGAGACUUUAGAAUGUAGCUCCUUUUUUUUUCCUACGGCAGCAUUUUUUUUCCUUGUAACCAAAAGAAUUUUUUUAAAUACUUAUCUUAUUUUCAAGUUGUAAGAACAUUGCUGUGGAAAUGAUGAUCAAUAUAACCGGCCUAUGAGGUUAAGGAUCAUGUUGAAACUGUUAACGUUAUGCAAUAGGUAACUCUUCCUCAAUGAUGUCCAAUUUUUUUUUUCCUGUGUGUGUUGAAAGUUCAUUCUGUUAUUUCUACCUCGACCGUUUGUUAACUGUGUAAAGAAUAUGUAUAGUUCAACAGUUCAAAUCAAAAUGUACCGCCUAGAAGUACAAUCGCUGAUUGACAAUAUAGCUAUUACCUAGUAGUUGAUUAUUGUUUCCUUGUCCCGAAUAGUUGUUGAUGAAAUGAGAUUAUUUUUGUAAUAUAUGGAGUGCUCUGACAAUGUGGUCGUUUCUUGGAAGCAUCCUUUUAUUUUAUGAACUCUGGGAAUGGGUAGUUUGUUCCAGAAAAAAAAAUUGAUUUAAAAAAAAAAUAAAAAAUAAAAAUAAAAUUUAAGACCUAUUUCUGUACUACAAUGGUUGUCAUUGAUGCUAACGUUUUAUUUUUUAUUGAAUGUCACGUGCUAAAGUUUAUGGAAGAAAAACCACAUUGAUAGGCUUAAGAACAAAAAAUAUAAGGGAAUGAAUGGAUUAGAUUUAUAUACACAAUAAUUUUUCUAGAAUAGUUUUUUUUGUUGAUGAAUAACUCUACAAAAUCAGGUCAUCUAUAAUUGCUCAUUUUAGUAUGUGCAUGGUGGAACAAAUAAGGACAGAUAAGAGAAUACUAGCUGAAUUUAGGAGAGUUAACAGCGUACAUUUUACUGCAUUUUUGUUUUGAACUCUGUCUGACUGAUCCACUCAUUCAUAAGGACAGUGUUUAUCAUAUACAUGAUAUGUGUAUAUAAUAUAUCACACUGGUUACAACCUGUCACACCAUUUCUCUCUCUGAUCAUUGAUAAUUUCAUCCAUCUCAUUUCUGUUCCAUUUGAAGUUGUACACACUUUUAAAAAAAAAUGAUUUCUUCGAACAUUAAUGUGGAAUGAGCCUUGAAUCAUUUGAGAGUGAAAGAAGAAAUACUUGUGAUUUUCAAUCAAUUGGUAUUUUUUUUUGUUCUAUGGUUGCUUUAUUCUUUGAUUCUUUUGGUAGCAUCAUUAAAUUUAGUAAUAUAAUAAGGAGAACAACUAUCAUAUUUAUGCACAGUGGAGAAAUUGUAUGAAUAUGUUGCAAGAUUUUACUCAUUUUUUGGAUGUGGAAGGCAUAACCUUCAUUAUGUCAAUGUGAUGAAGGCUAUGCCUGUCCACUUCUCUAAAGGAUAUAAUUUGGAGGCAAUUUACAGAUGCUAGUGUUUAUUGUACAUUAAUGAAAUUUGGAAAUUAUGUAUAUGAAAUGAUAUUUUUGUUUGUGUUGUUAAUUAAGUCAGGGUUGGGGGAGGGGGAGGGGAAUCGAAAACGAAAAGUCAGUAGACUGAGAUAAAAGAAUUGGAUGUACAAGUACAUUUUCUCCCUUGCAAAAGUUAAACUUCAGAGUAUGUUAGUUGGAUCACAGCCGAAAAACUUGUUAUAUAUGUGGCCUUUUCUUAUGGUAAGCAACAUUUUAGAUGCUUCUUUUUGGGAAUUUCCCAGACCUGUGAUGGAUGACCUUUUUGUACUAGUGCUGUAGCUUUGUAAAUAUAUGUCCGCAAGCUUUAGUUCAUUUUAGCUCAUGUAGUUGCCCAUUAGUUACCAUGAAUUUUAAUUGUACAUAAUUCUUUUUGUAUUUUCGAAUGGGAUUCACAUUUUUUGUUUAGAUUGUGCAUUUUCAAGGAGGCAUUUUUUCAUUUUACAAUAACUGAAUCAUUAGUAGGAGAUUUGCCAUAGAUGUAAGUAAGGACGAUCGUUUAUGAAGUUUAAAUAAAGAUUAACCAUAAAUGAAAAGUUGCUGGAAAAAGAGUGGACUAAGAUAGAGUUGUUUGUUAACUGUAAAAGCAAGGAUUUUAGGUGUAUAGAUUUGUUGAACAAAUUCAAUUAAGUGUAAUAUUUUCAUAAAAUCCUCCAUUGAAUGGCAUUUAGUAUAUGUAUAUAUUUCACAAUUAAUUUUAAUUGUAUUUUUUUAAACUUUGAUCUACAUUUAAUCUUUUAAAACUACACCUUAAAUUUUUUUUUGUACAUGCAUAGCAAUUUUUUUUAUUUGAAUUUGCCAUUUCUUGUUGUUAUAAACACAAAUAUAUCUAUAAUAUCCAUUUUUAUCCCUUUUAAAAUAUUUACAAAUGUUCUAAGAGCAUUAAAGAUUUUAUCACUUUGUUUAUAAACUUGUUACAUGUAUUGAGGAAUUUUAAAAUAUUACAGCAUAUGAUUAAGUAAUUGAUAUAUUGUAGUUUGACUUAGUUUUUUUUUUUAAUUUUGUUAUGCGUAUCUUUUAGACCUAUACUAUAUGAAAGGCACUUGAAAUAAGUGGAAGAUAAGAUAUAUGUACAUUAAUGAUAUUAACAUGUUGAGGAAUUUUUAAUUUUUAGCAAUGGCUAGUGUUUUAUAACUUAACAGUAGUAAACAGAAAAACAUCAAUGAUUUAGACUGCUUACCCAUUAGAAAUUGUUACUGAAAACCACUCUCAGGGAAUAGAAAGCAAACAAACAAUAACUACAACAAAAGUCUGUAUAUUUAAUCACAUCACUGAAGUAGCACUGUUUGUGUGGAGAGGAGAACGCGAUUAAAAGGUCCAAAAAACAACAGUCUUCCAUUUUGUUUUUGUACAAGACUGUAUAUGUGCAACAACCAUGCAAAUGCUUUUUGUUACAGUCCAUACAUAUGUUGUUACGGACUUGAGUGUAGAAAAUUCAUCAUGGUUUCAUAUGUAUGUCUUUUAUAAUUCUUGUUUUAAUGAAGGUUAUUGUCACUAGAGGGAAAAAAGUGUUUCGUGUUUUGGGUCAAUUCUUACUGAAGGUCAUAGUACUCGCGUGCAUGCUAACUGUAAUAGAGGUCAAAUCAUGGGUUUUCAAAUUGGUUGGGACCAGAAUUGAAUUAUUUCAUAAACGAAAAAAAAAAAGAUCUGAAAAUUGACCUGAAGUAAAAAUUGGCUGAAGUAAAUCAAUUAAUGUACAGGUAGAUUUGUAGAUCAUAGUGCAGCGUUAGUGUUUGUAUGGAGUUUGAAAAGUCUUGUGAGAUCAUGUGAUCAUAUAGAAUGUCAUUAAUCUGUUUUUUGUAUUGAUACACAAAAUUUUUUGUCUUUUUUUUUUUUUAAUUUGCAUUCAUUGGUAGAAUUUUAAUUUCAUGUCGAAUCAUGUCAUCAUUCAUUAGAAAAUAAAAAAAAAUCACUUGGUUGAUUAAA